AUGCACACACUGUUGCUCACCUAUCUGGCCCGGCCUGUUUGUAGGUCAGAAGGCCUCUACAUCAGCGCAUUGUGUGGAAACACCCAGGGCCGGAGCCUGGAGGGAAAGUGCAGAGGGGACAGCCCCACUGUACCACUCUGUGUUCAACAAUUUUUUUUUCUUCUCCUUCCCUCAACGUCUCCAGGAAGCAACGUCCCUCAGAGCGCCCCCCCAGUCCCCUCCGGUGUCAGGUCUCACUUCGGCUUCCCUCCCGCCACGCCCAACGAGGUCCUCUCCCCGAACGAGGACCUGCGCAGCCCGGGCGGCAUGUUCAGCUCCGUGGCCCGACGCAUGGCCCGAGGCUCCGUGAGCGACUGCAGCGACGGCACCUCGGUCAACUCUGAGAUCGAGGAGGGCAACACGGCAGCGGCGGAGGAGAGGGGGGAGAGAGGAGUGGGAGGAGGACCUGGACCUGGUGGAGGAGGUGGUGGUGGUGGUGGAGGAGGAGGAGGAGGAGGAAUAAGUUACCGUAGCCUCAUCCAUCCUCGUUUGUCUCAUGAGACGCUGUUCCGCAUGUAUGGAGGUCCGGGCAGCCACGCAGGGCACCAUGGCUCCCGAGGCCACACCGGGCACCGCAUCCACCCUGAUUCUCUCUCUCCCUUCCCCGUCUCCCCCCUCCCAGGCCCAGGGGGAGCCGGCCUCCUCGCCCCUCCUCUCUCACCAGCGCUCUCCAUGACCCCGACAUCUCACCUUCCCUACACCCCCUCACCCAGCCUCUCACCCAUGUUAGGCUCCCACUUCUCCUUCAACCCGGAGGACAUGAAGCGCUACCUGCAGGCUCACACCCAGUCGGUGUACAACUACGGCCUGAGCCCCCGAGCCUUCCUCCAUUACCCCAACAUCAUCAUCCCGCAGCCCCAGAGGCCGGCCGCGGAGAAGGCGGGUCUGUCCGGAGAGAGGGGGGAGAGAGAGAGGGGAGGAGAGCGACACCACCAUCCGUCUCUGUCUCACUCUGCCCACCACCAUCCACAUCCACCUCACUCUGCCCACCCUCACAUCCACUCUCACCCCAUGCAUCACCCUCUGCACCUGAGUGAGGAGCCUCCACACAUGUCCCCCUUCAAGUUCAAGUUGCAGCCCCCGCCCCUAGGGAAGAAGCAGAGGGAGAGUCAGAAACCCCGGCAGAGCUCUCUCUCCUCGGGGUCAGGAUCCAUGACCUCCACGUCCGGCCUCGGCUCCUCGUUGUCGUUCGGCAGCGACCUGAGCUCGGCCGGCUGCUCCGGACUCAUCUCCGCCUCAUCAUCAACGCAGUCGCUCAACAACGCGGGACUCCCCAAGAUAAAGGUGGAGCCCAUCUCUGACAUCGAAUCAGAGGAAGAGGUGGAGGUGACCGACAUCAGUGACGAGGAUCUGGAUGAGAGAGAUGAAGAGUUUAAGCUCUUCUCCCCUCGAUACCCCAGAGCCCCUGAACACCACCACCACCUCCUCCACCUCCACAACCACCACCUGGCUAACGGCUCAGGCGCGCCCUCACAUCACCACCACCUCCACCCCGAAGAAGACCUGGACGAAGACGUCUUCAAAACCCCUGCUCCGCCUCCCCCUGGCCUGACACCUUUCUUCACCUCUCAGCACACAGCACAUCGCACGCUGCUGCUGCCCCCCCCCCUGAAGAGUGAACCGGUGGAACCAGUGGAGAGCUGCACCCCCCCGCCUCAGACCAAGUGCAUCCCCCUCAAGCUGCGCUUCAAGAGGCGCUGGAGCGAGGACCAGCGCAUGGAGGCCUCUCAGGAGGAGUCGGACGACAAGAAAGUCCGACCGGAGGAGGAGAGGGAGCGGGAGAGGCAGAGUAACGGGAGGAUGGAGACGGAGGAGGACGGGACAGGAAGUGGAGAGGGGGACAGUCCUCCCCCACUGGCGUACGAGGGGACUUUAGCGACGCCGCAGAGCUCGCAGCGGAGGGUGAGCGCCGAGCUGCACCGAGCCACCGCUCAGCUGUCUCUGGAGAACAAGGACUGCUGAUGACACACGCCGCCCCGACACUACUGCUCCCGUAGCACUGGAGGUGGAGUAUGUAAAUGUGAGCCCCCUCCCACACUGAAAAACUAGAUUCCCGAGAGCGCAGUCCAACCAACACACGGUGAAAACCAACAGCUCAAAGACAGCCUGACACCACCACCACUCCUCUCACGUCCUUUGGGAGGUGGGACUGUAAAUCAGAGGGAGGCUCAGAGUUCACCUCCCACCUGGCCAGUGAAGCUGCAGACCCCCCAAACUCCCCAGUAGCACAGCUCACACCUCAUCCAUUGGAUCAGCAGCCAGUCAGCACUUUUCCUCAGGAGGCACACACUCCCUUUAAGGAAUACUUCACCCUCUGAAUGACCAUGUUGUUUAUCAGUCACUCAGCCUGUGCUCCCUUUGACAUCGACUGGAUUCCUCCGUGGUGAACGAAGAAAGAAAAUGGGGGUCAAACACAGUUUUAACAAAAGCAAGACUUCAUCAAAAACAAACAAUUUCUCCCCCAAGUUGUGCAGCAUUCUACAAGUUUCCUGCAAUCUCAUUUAAACCUUUUUAUUUAAACACUAAGGACUCGUAGUGUGGUUGCAAGGGUGUUUUAAAUAAUAAGUGAAAAUGCACGUGUUUGGGACGUAGCGAACUGGAUGAUCAUCUCAUCCAGACUUUUCUCUGUCUCUGGACCCCUCGUUCACCCUGGAGGAACUUCAAGAAAUGAAGGUAAUACGCGGCGAGUAACCGGUAUUCAAAUAGUCAUGUUGUGGGUAAAGUAUCCCUUUUGAGGAACCUACCAUCACACCUGGGAUGAGGAUGUGCACACUCUCCCUCUAUGCUGACGGGACUUUGAUAAGUGCCUGUAUCUAAAAAAGGAACACAGCCCUGGAGCGACAUGGCAGACGAGUAAUCAAUCUUUAACUCGUGAAAACCUUGUAAAAAAAGUUUGGCCGACACUGAAA